AUGAAAGGCCCUUGCCGGCACUACAAAGCUGUCUCCCGUCGCCCCUCGCGUCAAGCAGGGCCCUCGCCGGCCACGGUCAAGGGUCACCGCCGGGACCGAACCGAACCUCGCAACCGCGCCGUACCCCGCUUUGGGCGCCCAAUAAAACGUAUGAAGCGGCAAAUCGUCUCUGUGCCGCUGUAUAAAGUUUUAAUUCGAGCCGCGUGCUUGAUGAUGAUGCCGCUCACAAAGGGCACAAAAGUAAUAAAGGGGUGUCGAGUGUUCGCGACGCGCGGCCGCCCCGCCCUCGCUCGCCAAACAACGAAGCGCUACGCUGCUACGGCGCUACGCCGCCACGCCACAAUCGUCCGCCGCCCGACGGCGCGGCGGCCUCCUAUUUCCCAGCGGGUCGCGUUAACGUCUCGAUGGUCAGAGGGCAAAGAGCACGGGCGGGCGGACACUAAUCUCAAAGGACAGCUCAAAGUGAAGCGUGCAAAUUCGAGCCCGAGCGGGAACAAUAAAAGUGCAGGUGGACCGCGGCCGCCCCGCGCGCCACCGCGCUUCGACAUCAAAGGGGAGCCCGCGGUACCAUACAAAAGCCCUAAUGAGACAAACCCGUGGCUGGUUGCACUUACGCCCGGCGAGGCGGCGCGCUCACCCUUUGAGUUAGCGGCGUGUGUGCGCCGGGGGCCGCAAUAUCGCGAGACGGGCGGGCUCCGUCUUAUUAGCGUCGGAUGCGGCCGCACCCGGCCCCUAAUGAACAUCCAGCAAACAUCGGCCCGCGCUCACUCGGAUACCACA